AUGGCUCAGGAUCUCUAUGUACUCUUCCUUAUUCUUUUCAUUGCCUUGAACCUGCAAAUUGUUCUCUCAUGGAGGAUGCAGAAUUCUACAAACGAUAUUAGUGAUGAUCAAUGCCCCCCACAACCCCACCCUUUUGGUAUGUGCAAGUCACGAGUAGCAGCUUAUGGCUAUCCCUGUGAAGAAUAUCAUGUAACAACAGAGGAUGGCUAUAUUCUUAGCUUAAAGAGGAUCCCCCAUGGUCUUUCUAAUGCUACCAGUAACUCGACUGAGGAUACGAGGACACCAGUACUACUAUUCCAUGGGCUGCUGGUGGAUGGUUUCUGUUGGGUACUGAGUACACCAAAACAAUCACUAGGCUUCAUUUUGGCUGAUGGUGGGUUUGAUGUUUGGAUCGCCAACUGUCGUGGAACAAAGUCCAGUCGCAGACAUACCACCCUCACCCCAGAAGACCCGGCUUUUUGGGACUGGACAUGGGACCAACUUGCUGAUUAUGAUCUUCCUGCUUUACUUCAGUUUGUCUAUAACCAAACAGGAGGCCAGAAAGUCCACUAUAUUGGUCACUCCCUGGGGACCUUGAUUAUGCUUGCAGCCCUCUCAGAUAACAAGUUAACAGACGUAGUGCGAUCAGCCGCGUUGCUCUGCCCAAUUGCUUAUCUGAACAGGAUGAAAUCAAGGCUCAUCUUGCUUGCGGCUCGUAUCUUCCUUGCAGAAACAAUUCACAUGCUAGGUUAUCACGAGUUCAAUCCUCUUGGGCGAGUUGCACAAGAACUGUUAGGAGAAGUCUGCGUCGACCCAGACGUCGACUGUUAUGAUCUAUUUUCAUCUGUAGCAGGACCGGACUGCUGCCUCAAUGCUUCGACUACAUGCAUCUUCCUGCAGCACGGUCCACAAUCAACCUCUGUCAAAAACAUGGUCCACAUGUCGCAGCUGGUCAGGAAAUCAUCGAUCAGAAAGUACGACUACGGAAACGAGAAGGAGAACAUGAGGCACUACAAUCAGACACGGCCCCCGCCAUACGAUCUCUCGUCCAUCCCGAGGCAUGUCCCCUUGUUCCUCACCCAUGGCGGCCAAGAUUUUCUCGGCGACGUCCCUGACACCAGACACCUCCUGCGGACGCUCAUCAGGGAGCAUGACAGCGAUGACAUCGAGGUGCUGUACAUGCCUGACUAUGCGCACGGCGACUUUGUCAUGGGCUACAAUGCUCCACAACUCAUAUACAAGCCCAUGGUGGAAUUCUUCAAGCGUCACUGA